AGCCCCCGCCGGAAAUCAUUCACUUUUUGGGCGAAGCUAAAUUGCCAGACCCAAGCCCGCUCGGAACGAGAAUUUCCCUAAAUAACUCGGCAACCGUCGGACAGUACCUGCAUAUCCUGGGGAAUACCACCGAAAAUGCGACAUCAUUUUGCGUGACACUGUCCGAGGACCUUGACAAUGACGAAAAUUAUGCUUGCGAAGUAUGCGCUUAUUUUGGAGCCGACCCGAAAAUCGAGUAUGCCGCAUAUAAUUAUGGGAAGCGAAUUUUUAAUGGAACGGGUUUGAAUCCGUUUACGCCAGGCGAACAAUUUGACCUCCGCAUCCGCUUCCUCCAAGACUACGUACAAAUUUUCGCAGAACGAGGAGAAAUCGGCAUCUUUGGAAAGCUACAAGAGGUACAUGAGGCAAAAAGUCUAAAAAUCAUUGGCAACAUCACAAAUCUGUUGCUGCUGCAAUUAGAGGGUGGCAAUUACACGAUGCCGUUUUACCAGCCGAUAAAGUCUAAAGUUGGACUGCGAUUGGAUAUGGUGUUGAAGCCCGUGCCGGAAAUGGACCCCUCGCUAUGGGCAGCGCUGAUCGAAGGUCAACCUCUUGAAACCGCGACGAACAGCUCGAUUCGCCUCUGGUGGCUGGUUUUCAUCAAGUGGCAAAAGCUCUGGUGGUGGCGGCGCAGUACGAUGGGCGCGUAUUGGUAUUCGCCGAUGCAUGGAGGAUACUACCACACGCCACCAAUCCAAUCGAGCACGACCCCCACGGCUCGUUUCUACUCCCCGGCCUCAUAUUCCUACCGUAACCCGCAGAAUAACGCCAAGCGAAUCGAAAUCACACUCUACUCCUUCGGUCCGGACCCCGAGAAGGACUACCAUUGGGGCCUGGCGCGAACGUUCCGGCUCUCGUUUCAAUUCGACAAAAACAUGACGGCAAUGAAUCGGUAUUCCCCGCUAAGGAUCUUCAAUGACGUGAAACAAGCCGAUUUUGUGCCCAUGGAUGAUUGGAGACUGUUCGAUUUGUCGAUUCAAGCGGCAUCCGACCGGCUUCGCAUCUACGUCAACAAUUAUGAAUUUGCCAACUAUGAAUUGGACGCGGUUCGUGCAGGGAUCGAUCAUAUUGGAAUCAACGGGGAUGUUGAGGUGCUCGGGUUCGAGGGGAACACUCAAAUAAUCGAUAUAUUAUUCUACAAGGGCGGCGAUAACACCACCGAUCCCGAUGGGUUGAUGCCGACAUUUAAGGUCUCAUUCCUCUUCUCCCAAAAUGCCACCACACUCAGCCGGCGUGUCCUGCAAAAUUGGGUAAACGAGGAACGCGCCAAUUUCGUGCCGACGGACGAUUGGAGAAUAUUUGAUUUGGUCAUCCGGUCUGCAGAAGACAGGCUCAAAAUCUACGUCAACAAUUUUGAAUUUGCAAACUACGAAUUAUACCCUGAAAUCAAGGCCAGCGAACAUAUCGGAAUUACAGGCGAUGUGGAGGUCCUCGGCUUCAAGGAGAAUGGGAUACUCGCU